AUGUUCCUCAACCUUGUUGAUGAGGAUAAGGUGGAGGCCUUUCUGGGCGGGGUGAGGAUCAUGCUUGACAUACCUUGGCAUGCUUCUUUUUCAUGGCACUGCACAAAGUUACGUGAUGGGUGCCUGGCCGAAAAGGAUCAUUUGUGUGUGGACUUGCAUAUGUAUUUUGGGUGGCAGUUUUGCAUGUUGUGCCGUGAACAGUUUUUGCUCACUCAAUCAACCCUAAACCCUAAAACCCUAACUAAACCCAUUUGGUUUCUUUUGGUGGUCUCGGCUCUCAAGGGUUCAAGAACAGCACUGAAUGUCCAUGAGUCCAUGAAUUGA